AUGAAACCAGUGAAUCCUGAAGUUCUAUUAAGUGUUAGUCAGAUCAUUCGCUACUGGAAAUACCCACUUGAAGAGCAUGAAGUUCAAACUGUUGAUUCAUAUAUCCUUACCCUUCAUAGAAUUCCCUAUGGAAGAGCAGGCAAUAAAGUUUCCGGUCAGCGGCCUGUUAUAUUUUUGCAGCAUGGUUUGUUGUCAUCAGCUGUCAGCUGGAUCUCCAACCUCCCCAACAACAGCCUGGCCUUCAUUCUGGCAGAUGCAGGCUUUGAUGUGUGGAUGGGAAACAACCGGGGGAAUACGUAUUCCCGGAAACAUGCCACCUUGUCAACAAAUUCCAGAGAGUACUGGGCUUUCAGUUUCGAUGAAAUGGCGAGAUAUGAUCUUCCAGCCUCAAUUGACUACAUUGUAGAAAAAACUGGGCAGAAGAUAUAUUACGUGGGCCAUUCUCAGGGAACUCUUAUUGGUUUCCUGGCAUUCUCUACCGUACCCCAGCUGGCUCAGAAGGUCAAAGCUUUUUAUGCCUUGGCUCCAGUGUUUAACGCUCAGUAUCUUAGAAGUCUCACUUUCAAGCUGCUUUUUAUGGUGCCUGCGCCAUUGCUCAAGCUUUUAGUGGGUGACAAGGUCUUUCUGCCUGAGACUGCUACCAACAAGCUUCUGGCCACUGAAGUAUGUGACAAUGAAAUAACUGGUACCAUCUGUGGUAAAAUCAUCUUCAGUUUGGUUGGAUUUGACCCGAAAAACUUAAACAUGAGCCGAAUUGAUGUCUACGUGUCACAUGGCCUCCAGGGAACAUCCGUCCAGAACAUUCUCCAUUACGCCCAGACUUUUCACAACAUUCCAAAUGUUACACAAGCUUUUGACUGGGGGUCUCGAAAACAGAACCUGGCUCACUAUAAUCAGUCUAUUCCUCCAAGGUACAAUCUGUCAUCUAUGAGAGUCCCAACUGCACUGUGGAGUGGUCAACAUGAUUUGUUGGCUGACCCAGAAGAUGUCGCCAACUUAGUCCCCCAAAUCCCCAGCCUGAUUUACCACAAGAUUCUGCCUACAUACAAUCAUUUGGAUUUUGUUUUUGGUCUUGGUGCACCUCAAGAUAUUUAUAAUGAAAUGAUUGAGAUGAUAAAGGAAACCUUAUAAAUAUUUGGUUGAUGAUGAAAUUACCUUAUCUUUCUAUAGGGAUUGGGUUUGAACUUAUUUUCUCCUCUAUAAUGCGGUUCUUAGAGAGAUUAUGAGACUGUCUACUUCAUGUAAAUACAUCGAGAGAAAUAAAUAAUCUUCAUCCUCAA